ACACAGAAACAACCAGAAGGACCAGCAGGACCAGCAGGACUAGAGGGACUAGCAGGACCAGCAGGAUCAGAAGGACCAGAAGGACCAGAAGGACCAGUGGGACCAGUGGGACCAGAAGGACUAGUGGGACCAGCGGGACCAGAGGGACCAGUGGGACCAGUGGGACCAGAAGGACCAGCGGGACCAGAGGGACCAGCGGGAUCAGAAGGACCAGAAGGACCAGCGGGACCAGAGGGACCAGAGGGACCAGUGGGACCAGUGGGACCAGUGGGAUCAGAAGGACCAGCGGGACCAGAGGGACCAGUGGGACCAGUGGGACCAGAAGGACCAGCGGGACCAGCGGGACCAGAGGGACCAGUGGGACCAGUGGGAUCAGAGGGACCAGCGGGACCAGCGGGACCAGAGGGACCAGUGGGACCAGUGGGACCAGAAGGACCAGCGGGACCAGAGGGACCAGAGGGACCAGUGGGACCAGUGGGAUCAGAAGGACCAGCGGGACCAGAGGGACCAGUGGGACCAGUGGGACCAGAGGGACCAGCGGGACCAGCGGGACCAGCGGGACCAGUGGGAUCAGAAGGACCAGCGGGACCAGAGGGACCAGUGGGACCAGUGGGACCAGAGGGACCAGAAGGACCAGCGGAACAGUGGGACCAGCGGGAUCAGAAGGACCAGAAGGACCAGAAGGACCAGAAGGACCAGUGGGACCAGAAGGACCAGCGGGACCAGCGGAGCAGUGGGACCAGCGGGAUGAGAAGGACCAGAAGGACCAGACGGACCAGAAGGACCAGGGGGACCAGAGGGACCAGAGGGACCAGAGGGACCAGUGGGACCAGUGGGAUCAGAAGGACCAGCGGGACCAGAGGGACCAGUGGGACCAGCGGGGCCAGAGGGACCAGUAGGACCAGAAGGACCAGCAGGACCAACAGUCCACAAACAGGAAGCUUCUCUCUGCAUGCGGAUCCUGGAGCAUUGAACCACGUCCUCCCUGACCAGGUGCACCUGAUUGAUUGAUGAGGUCUGGGCGGCUCAUCAUCUAUAACAGGAUGUUAUUUUCAUGGACAAACGUGUGUCUGAGAUCUUCCUCUGUGUGUUUCCUGCUUCCUGUCUGAGCAGCAGCAGCUCGCUCUGAUCGUCCUCCCACAACUUUUAAAUCGUUUCUUUUUCAUCUUAAACGCAGCCGAAGAGUCGAGUUUAAAGCAGCAGCAGAAACAUCAAAGCUGAGACGCAGCUUCAUACGGUCGACUGUCAGCGCAGGUUCAGCUUCACACACGCUAAUAAAAAAACAUCCCAAUAUUCUGUGUGAAGUGAGUUUAUCAAAGACAGAAACAGUCAGCGAGCUCGUCUGCUCGUUACUCAGCUGACAGACUGAAAACAUGUUUCUAAAUGUUGCAGCUGACCGUAAAUCUCAGAUGUCAGACUGUCUUUGAACGCACCAGCUGCUGUUUACUACCACAGUAUUAAAAUCUCUUUUUCCCAAAAUACUGCAACUCUUUUGUCAUACAUGUCGACUUUACUCUUGAAAUAUUAAUUAUUGUAAUAAUUAAUGUUGUUGUAAUAAUCAGACUUUAUUAAUAUUUCCAGAACAAAGUCUAAUUAUAAUUAGACACAACUUUUUAUCUUUAGAUCUUUAUAUUAUCCAGUUUACCCAGAGUGUCCUGAAACACGCUGAACACUUUCUGAAAUGAUAAAUUUACGUAAUGUUUAACGGAGACGCAGGAACGGAAGGUCGUACCAACAUCUGCAUGUUCACAGUAAAUGACUCGUGAUGUUUUCCUUUGAUGCAGCUGCCACAGAUUCACAUCGUAAAAACUGUAGAAAACUGAGAGAACGAGUCACCAACACUUCAGCAGGACGUCGCUCUUCUUCUUCUUCUCUUCCUCUUCCUCUUCCUCUUCCUCUUCCUCGGCUUCAGGAGGCUUCAGCAACAUGAGACGGAAGUUCAACAGUGACGAGUCAAAGCUGAAGAACAAACAGCAUCCACUGACUUCAGUUCAUGGCUGAUAAAAACAGUUUAUAGACUGAAUUAGACAUUUAAUCUUUGUCUAAAACAUAAACACAGUUUUGGAAAUCAAAGAUAUUUGUAACAUAAAUCUCCAGAGUU